AUGACACGCCUUGCCUCUGUGUUUUUGGCUAAUGUGGUUAUGUACCUUGACUCUUACAAAACUGCCCAAAUGUUUAUACAAAUAUCCAAGUCAGCCCAGAUAAGUGUUGACAUUCUUAAGAAAAACCCAUUGUAUAAACCCAUUCUGCGUCAUCCGGGCAUAUCAGAACCGACAUACCGUAUUGAUGAGCAGAUAUCCCUUGUGAAGGAAUUACUCUUAUUUCCAAACAUUCAGACACUUUCAAUCCCAGCGGGCCAAAUAAAUUUAGUUCCAUUUUUAAACAACGCAGACCAAAUAGACGUUCCUUUGGUAUGUGAUGUAUUUUCUGUAGACAAAACUAUACAAAACAAAUUAAUAGAUGUUGCAGUUGACAUGGACGACCGGCGGUUCUGUUUUAAAAAUAACUUCAUGAAGUGUAGAAAAGUCUCAUUUGAGUAUACCACUGGUUGUGAAGACAAUCUAUUCAAAGUUUUUGGUGUUCAAAGGUACUACGACUUUCUGAGGGUGUUUCUAAGUAAAACACCUCCACUCAGAUUUUUUGAGAAUUUGCAGCACCUCCACUUUAAGAAAGUCGUCCUCGAGCCUAAAACUAUUAACGUUCUCAAAAAUGUGAUGGCAGUGCCAAACAUUCUUGACAUCGGGAUUGUAACAUUCCAUAAGUGGUUCUAUGGCAUCAACCCAUCAGUCAUCAUAUCAACGCAGUUUGGUGAGAUGCAGAUAAGAGUAUGCCCCAAUGAAAAGGUUUCUCAUAAACUUAUUAAUAAGUAUUUACCCCUCAAGGCAUUCGUUACAACGCCAAGUUCAACUGAUUUUGAGUUUAAUGUCGAUUUGAGUCAGUUAUUGUCAGUGACUCAUUUGCAAGUGAAAAACGAAUUUCUUCAAAUUUUGUCACCAGAAACAGUCGAAAAACUCGACGCACAAAAUAUACCAGUUAAUAGUACACAUGUCAAGUUAAAGAAUGUCAUUCUCGGGUUUUCAAAUAAAGUCGAGACCUUACCAAAAACAGUGACUUCACUGUCCAUUUCAAAACGCGAGCAAAUUCGCAUGAUUGACUGUGAUGCCCUUAAAGAGCUUUGUUUGAACCGAGUCGAUAUGCAACGGUACAACUUGGACUUGUUUUCUGAGUUGACAAAACUGACACUUAGAACUGACGUUGUUUCAAUCAGUUUAAAGAACUUGACAAAACUCAAAGUCCUCAAUGUGGACCGGUGUCACAUAGACGUAAAGGCCGAAGACUUUUUCCCCAAAAAGUUAGAGCAAUUGACGUGCCUUUACACAAUUAUACCAGAAAGAAGUGACACCAUCACUCGGCUUGUAUUACGAGGGUGUGACGACUCGACCAAUUUAUUAGAGUAUAAAAAAUUAAAGGAACUUAUCGUGUAUGAUUUAAGGGCUAAGAACACGUAUUUUCCAGAUAACUUGGAGUCGCUUAGUAUUGUCCAAAAUAUGGUAACGGAAAUCUAUUUACAAUAUUAUAAAACAUUGUAUCAAAUCAGUUUCCAAAGUGGAUAUGCAAGUGUCAUCACUUUCCCACAAUCAUGUGAAGUGGUUUGUUUUGAAGAGUAUGAAUUGAAAGCAUCCAAUUUGAUUAAUUCGAGAGUUAAGCAACUUGUUGUACUUAGCUCGGUAUUCGAUUUGGAACAAAUCCCAGAAUCACUUCAAUUUUUAAAAACAGACAAAAAGGAAGGGUAUCAGACUAAAUAUCUCCAAAACCAUAGGAAUGUUGCCACUUUCUUUAAAUUGUUGGGGCGUUCUGUCACCAAGUUAGACAAUGAUAUACAUUUCGAUUUACCAAAAAGAAAUAUCAAAAAGUUUAAAAAGUUUUGA